CCAGGCCACCCAGUCAACUUCUCUGAGGCGACCAUGUCUCAGGCCCGGCAGGACGUUGAACACCUGGAGAAACUGAUCUCGGAGCAUGACGUCGUCUUCCUGUUGAUGGACACCAGGGAGAGUCGAUGGCUGCCGACUGUUAUAGCUGCCAGCAAUAGGAAGUUGGUAGUGAAUUCUGCCCUGGGCUUUGACACCUUUGUGGUGAUGAGACACGGUCUGAAGAAACCUAAACUCUGUGGACCAGGAGACUCCUCCGACCCUUCCUCUUCCUCCUCCGCCUCAUCCUCUCCUCCACGCCGGCCGAGCCCGCCCAGCUCCCAGCAGCCUCUCUGUUCUCCAACAUCCCCGGACACCGCCUCGGAUGCUACUUCUGUAACGACGUUGUCGCCCCGGAGACAUGUGAGAGAGCCUUUCAAAUUCAAAAAGCUAUUAUUGUGCAUCAACUGA